UCACAAACUGUGUCAUUCCCUACAGGCUGUACGAAAGCAAGGGAAAAGGCAUGCAUGCGAGAACUAGAGGCAGUGGCAGGAAAAGAUGAGAGGCUGGAACAUGCUGUGAGAAAGAGCUGGCAUGUUUAGCUACGAGACAGGAGAAAGAAAAUGACGAAAUCUCUGGAAUCCACAAUUCCAUGAAAUUGGACUUUCCUAGGUUUGAAACUUAAAGUCACAAAGGGAAUCCCUAUGUACUGGUAGCCCCAUGUGCAGCACUCAUCCCAAACAUGACUGAAAGGUGAAAAGGUAGAACAAAAAUAUCAAAACUCCGUGUUCCUGUUAGAUUUGUGGAUAUAGAGGGCCACCUAGAAAGAUGCAGGCUUUCCAGCACCCAGAUGCCAAAGACUUCCGCUGGCAGACGCUGGCUCCUUUAUCCAGUCCUCGUGUGUAUUGCUCUUUGGCUGAAGCCAGUGGGCAGAUCUUUGCCAUAGGAGGAUGCGAUGACGCAGGAAACCCUAUGAACACAUUUGAGGUGUUUUCUCCUGAAGCAAACCAAUGGAGUAGCUUGGAGCCCAUGCCAUCAGCCAGGGCUGGGGUAUCUGUGGUGGCACUGGGCAAAAGGAUCAUGGUUGUUGGAGGAGUGGGAGAAAAUCAAACACCCCUAAAAGUGGUGGAGGUCUAUAACAUUGACGAGGGAAGAUGGAAGAAGAAGAGCUCUCUUCGAGAGCCAGCCAUGGGAAUAUCAAUCACUGCGAGAGACUGCAGGGUCUACGCUGCCGGUGGGAUGGGUGCAGAUCUGCGACCACAAUGUUUCCUGCAGCAGUUUGAUAUGCUGAAAGAUAUCUGGGUCUACUUUGCGCCAAUGCCAACACCUAGAUAUGGUGCCACUUCCUUCUUGCGUGGAACAAAGAUCUAUGUACUGGGAGGAAGGCAGUCUAAGUAUGCUGUUAAUGCCUUUGAAGUGUUUGAUAUCGAGACACGUUCAUGGACUAAAUUUCCAAGUAUCCCUAACAAGAGAGCAUACUCUCGAUAUGUCCUGACAGAGGGGUCUAUCUACAGUUUGGGGGGGCUGCGACAGGGAGGCACUUAUCGUAGGCCUAAGUUUACAAAGACGGUGGACAUAUUCGACAUGGAACAAGGAGGCUGGAUGAAGACUGAACGCUCCUGCUUUUUAAAGAAAAGGAGGGCUGACUUUGUUGCAGGAUCAAUACAUGAACGAGUUGUGGUAGCAGGCGGCCUAGGUAACCAGCCAUCAGUACUGGAAACUGCAGAGAUCUUCCAUCCUGAGAAGAACCGAUGGGAGAAUAUUAGUCCAAUGCCCACUCCGCGUUGUGCAUGUGCUAGCAUUGUUUUGAAGAACAGACUUUAUGCUAUUGGUGGUGUGAACCAAGGGCCAAGUUCUGCUGUGGAGAUGCUGAGUGUGGUAGAGAGCUGAUUAAGGUUUAUGUAUCUGCAGAGGACAAUGAAUGCAUCACGAUACGGGUGUGUUUGAUGCAGUGUAUCUACAAGCCAUCAGAGCACUAAGAGUGUGUGUGAAACACAUUGCUCCGUAGAGAGUAGGUUAGUGCAGAGAGUGCCAAGAAGUUUGGGAAGUGCGCAGAAAAUUCUACAUAAACACAAGCAAUACCUUAUUUUCUAAGACCAAUCCAUCCCCAGCGGGCUUUGGGGGCUAUUACAUAAUCAAUAUAAUGCACUCAUGUGUCUGUGAUACAACAAAUAGAACAUGUAACAUCGAACACAGAUAAGUACAGACGCUAUAUAUAAAAUCACUGGCUGCGGCAUACCUUCUGUUUCUCAUAUGUCUCUCGCUAGAAUCCUUCAAGUCUAGUUUU